AUGUCUUCUUCUCCUAUCUUUGACGGCCAAAACCAAGGUCCCACAAUUCUAGCAGUCUGCUGGGUUUUGGUUCUCGUCCUGGAUUGGUAUUGGCUUUACCUACUACAACUUGUUUAUACCGUACUGAUUACAAAGGCCGUCCAGCUAGGAGUAAUCGGAAAGCAUGUCGAAGCAAUCGCAGAUCCAUCUAUCAUUCCCCCCGCACUGAAACUAGUCUACAUAUCGUUCGUCAUCGUGAUCAUCGGCUGUGUUCUCAGCAAAACUUCCUUCGCCAUAACUCUUUUGAGAAUCGUGACUCGGGUAUGGAUGAAGGUUCUUUUAUGGUUCAUCAUCAUCACCAUGAAUGCGAUCAUGUGGCUUUGUGCGGUUUGUUAUCUGGCCCAGUGCAAACCAGCGGCUGCUCUCUGGAAUACGAAGCUCAUGGCUACAGCUAAAUGCUGGCCAACUUCUAUCUUUGAAAACAUCGCCUUGACGGCUGGGGCAUAUUCAGGAUGUAUGGACUUCAUCCUUGCUCUCCUUCCAUGGGCUGUUAUUUGGAAACUCCAAAUGAAGAAACGAGAAAAGUUCGGCAUUGCCGUCGCCAUGAGUCUCGGUGUCUUUGCUGCCGCCACUGCAUUUGUCAAGACCUCGAAGCUUGUCAAUAUUUCUCAAGUUCAGGAUUUCACCUAUUACUGCUCGAGCAUCAUUAUCUGGGCAUCUGCAGAAACAGGUUCAACAAUAUUUGCUGCAUCUAUCCCAGCCCUCCGAAUCCUCCUUGUCCGUAUGCGGUCCACCUUCGACCGAACAGACGAUCCCGUCUCAGGAAGCUACAGCAUCACUGCCAAAAGUCGCGGCAAAAAUCGAGAUACACCCAGUACAGACCGAUACCACUAUUUUGCUGACGCAGGAGAUCUCGGUGUCUUAUGA